ACUCUAGAGUGAGACGGUCGAGCCAAACCCUAAUAUCCCAAUGUAAGAAGAAGGAAAGGAGAGAUGGCGGUGCCGCUUCUAAGUAAGAAAAUCGUGAAGAAGAGGGUCAAGAAGUUCAAGAGACCCCAGAGUGACCGCAAAAUCUCAUUUACGACAAACUGGCAUAGACCAAAGGGUAUUGAUUCUUGUGUAAGAAAAUUUAAGGGAUGCACUUUGAUGCCCAACAUUGGCUAUGGUUCAGACAAGAAGACACGACAUUAUCUCCCAAAUGGCUUUAAGAAGUUUAUUGUGCACAAUGUUGGAGAACUUGAACUUUUGAUGAUGCACAACAGGACAUAUUGUGCUGAAAUUGUCCAUGAUGUUUCGACAAAGAAGAGAAAAGAGAUCAUUGAACGGGCAGUACAGCUUGUAAGAAUGGAUGCUCAACCAAAUCUUUUGAAUUUUAGAGGAUACAAUAAUUUAUAA